GUGUCUUCGAGUGAAUUAAAAAGGUUUCAAGAUGGCUUUUGCAGCGGCGCGUAUGAUCCUAAAGGAUAAGAGAAGGAAGGCAUCAAAAGAAGAUUUUAGAGAUCCAAGAAAUAGGAGCAAGGCCCGGAGCGCUAGCACCAGUAGCUUUAGGAGUGUAAGUCAGGCAAGAAACAAGCCAGCGGACGGCGGUGGACAUGUCAAUCAGAAAAACGCCGCGGGACAAAAAGCAACGCCUACAUGUCAAAAAGGUGCAUCUACAAAAGGCGGUCCAAAGACUCCAGUCAAGCCAUCAGCGCAGAAGGGAGCAGCGAAGACCGCACCGCCGAAGCAAGCGGCAGCGGCUGGAGUUAAGACGCCACAAGGAAAGAAGAAAAAGGGUCAUAAGCAUCAACAAUACGAGCUGAUUGUCACAAUUAACUUGUCAGAAUAUGGCCUUACAGAAGAACAAGUUGCAGAAUUCAAGGAAGCUUUCAUGCUGUUCGAUAAAGAUGAAGAUGGCACUAUCACGAUGGCCGAGCUGGGAGUGGUGAUGAGAUCGCUGGGACAGAGACCGUCAGAGACUGAAUUACGAGAUAUGGUGAAAGAAGUUGAUCAAGAUGGUAAUGGAACGAUCGAGUUUAAUGAGUUCCUGCAGAUGAUGUCCAAGAAAAUGCGCGGAGCGGAUGGAGAAGAUGAACUUAGAGAAGCUUUCAGGGUAUUUGACAAAAACAACGACGGACUAAUAUCCUCAGUGGAGCUUAGACAUGUGAUGACCAACCUCGGUGAGAGGCUCAGCGAAGAAGAAGUUGACGACAUGAUCCGUGAGGCUGAUCUUGAUGGUGAUGGCAUGGUCAAUUACGAUGAGUUCGUGACAAUAUUGACGUCGAAAAACUAGUAUGCAGAGGAACAACCCAAGAGAGAUCGUUCCCAACCGCGUCAGUGUCCGUAUCCGGAACUAACUGAGCUUGGCGGGAAAGAAACUCUCAUUUAAAUGAGUCAGUGUAAACUCAGUUUGGAAGUGUUGUUCUUUAAGCAUCGGGGAGUGAACGUAAUAUUACUGUGAAACGAAACGCCUAAUCUCCCAACGAAGUUGCAUGACGUGAGAUACGAACGGCCUUUGUGGAUAUAACUUUUACAUCAGCCCUGGACAUAAUCUAUAUUUUAAUUCAAUUAUCGUGUCGUGUAUUUGUGCGUUUUUUUUUCGUAUUGAAAUGUUGGCUCGCUAAUUUUGUAGCGGAUGUGAUAAAUUGCGUUAUGUCUCUUUACAUGACAUUUAACAUCAGUGAAGUUAUUAAAUAGAAAGUUGGAUUCAAAAUUAGAACGCUAGCUAAUAAGGCUGUUGCAUGAUUUGGAUGUGCUUUGUUAAUUAAAGCUAUAACGCUUAAUGUUUGUAUUGAUAUUGUUAACUCAAUUUAAUCGGGAAGUAUAAACGGGAUGUAAAUAAUGCGUGUAAUGUCUUUAGAUGUAAACGGGACUUUAAGACCGUUAUGUUUGAAAGUUGAUGACUUAUGUUUUAAAUUGUAAUACAUGUAUUGAUAUUUAUCGGCAUUGUAUUAAAAUAAUAUAUCCUUAAAUGUUCGCAAUUAAAAGACGGAGGAUAAGACUAUUUGAAGCGGAUUUUUAAGGCACUUUUCGGAUGCAGUCGGUGCAUUAGAUCACUAGAAUAUGUUGGAAAAGGCAAACCUUGAUUGGAAUUCGCUUAAAAUAUUCUUAUUCUAAAUGUGUAAUUAUGGCACAAUUGCCUAUAUCCACUUAACGAAUAAUGUCUGAACAUGAUUGAAUAAUGUUAGUGGUUGAUCAAUACGAUGGUCACGGUCAGUGUUCACUAAACCAUGAUGGCCCUUGGUCUAUGUCAUUGGCCCUUUAUAAGCUAGCAUCGUAAGUACAAGUAGACUUUAUAAUAAUAUAAAUUGUAGUCCAAGAGCUGACAAGAAAUAUUAACGUGUUAUAAUUCUGGCUCACAAUGGUAUUUCAUUUAAAAAGAAAUGUAUAUUUCACUUAUUCAAUGCUCUUAAUUUAUCUAAAACCUAAAACUCCAUUUCAUUAAAUAUAAGUAUGUUACUAAGUACAUAUAUACCUUAUAUAAUUUGAAAUACAUUACCUUUGUGAAGAAAACGAAACGAUUAUCUGUAGGCUCUUGGUCUAUAACGUUCAACACAAAAUCAUUAUAAAAUACUCCCUUAAAAAAUAUAGACGUUGCAUUUUGAUAUUGGAAUUAGAAAUAUGUCUGUACUAGAAAAAAAAAACAAUAAUAAUAAAAGAAUAGUUUUAAAAAGAGAAUCGGUUGUGUCCAUUUUUUAACCGUAAAAUCAUCCUGUAUACAAGUGUAAUGAUGACAGUAGAAUUAGUCGUGUGUAAUUGAUUAGAUUGUGAUCUCCGUUAGUCUUCCAAAUCGUGGAGGUUGACUUGACGUAACAUUUAUUAAUACUGAAUGUGCUUUUACGAAUUAGUAAAUACCGCAUCAUUAUUGUGUCAGCAAUAUUUUUUUACAUGUAUAAUAUCAUGAAUAUUUUAAAACGUAAUUAUUUUUGGUCUCCCUUAAUUUUUUCAAUAUUAUUUAAAAAUAAUACAAAUGAAUAAGACUUAUCAUCCUGGCAAAUAAUGACGAUUAUACAUCCGGUGUUUUAUUAUUAUUACAUUUAAAUUCUACUUUAAAAUGAAAUUAACGAAAACAUUUUGAACUAUAUUAAGCUAAAACAAUAGUAUGAUUGUUUAUUUUAAUACUAUAAUAAUAAAUGUCACGAUAAUCGAAAUAUUCUAAUAAAGUUAAAUGAAGAUUAUAUUAUCAUAUGUAACUUCAUUUAAUCAAUUUACAAAAUCAAAUGUAAAAUUUUAAUUAAUAGUGUUUAUCAUAAUCGUUGUUAAUAUAUAACAUACUAUUGUAUUAAUAAUAAAUGUGUUCUAGAUUGCAUUAUAUAUGUUUAGCAAAGCCCUGUUAUAUUUUGUAGUAUAUAAUAUGCAAGAGUUAAAAUCUAUAAUAAAUAAAUUAUAGCCUAUAAAUGGGCUUCCUCUUAAUUACAUAAGAUUGUAUUUAUUUAUUUAUUUAAUUUAAAAUAUAUAAUUUAUUUUAUGUACAAUAAGGACAAUAAAACAUUUCUCGUUCAUGUCAAUUUAACAGAUACAAAAAAAAAUUAAAAAAUAUAUCUCCGUAUUUAAAAAAAUUUAAUUAAUAUAUCGCAUAUCACGAGCAAUAAAUAUAUAAAUAAUUAAGUGAUAAUAUUUUUAUUUAUUAUAAUUAAUGGAUACAAAAAUAUAUUUACAUUUAAAUAUUAAAUUAUUUUACAUUUAUUUUUAUAAUAAUAAUUUUAAA